AAAUCUUAUCAUAUUUUUCAAUUUUAAAUAUAGUUUAGAUACAUGGCUCAUCCCCUACCAAAGAAAUGCUGCGCCAAUGCCAGGAAAUCGUGUUGCUGCUCCACUCGAUACAUGCUCACCAAACUUCGAAACACAGGAUAAAGAUGAAUGUUUUGAUAUGGUUCAUGAUCAAAAUUCAGGAAAAGUUAAUUUAACGUUGAACUGCUGUAUAUGGAAUGAACUCAUGUUUAAAAAGGACAGUUUGAUUUCAGCAAACGCUUUCAGGUGUGAAAUCUUGGUCUGCGAGGAAAAGAUGAACGGUCCUGGAGUUGAAAUAGUUUCUAAGCAUCCUGUUUUUACAGAGGGAAAACAGAUGACUGGUUGCUGCCUUAGGGAUGGAGUAAUGUACAAGCCAGGAGCCACAUUUUUCGAUGGAAACCUUGAGAAAACAUUAGUUUGCUGUUCAGGUGAUGUGUUUGCGUUAUUGGAAGAGCCGAAGGCCCCUGAGCCAGUUACAGAGGAAAGUGAACUGCUUUGUCAAACCUUUAAUUGUGCCAGCGUGAAUGGAUUUCAGUGCAAGGUUGGUCGAAGAGUGGAUAAACUAAAGUUAAAGAAAACUGAAUAUGCUCUGUUCCCCUCAGUCAUUCACCAGGAAGGGUUUACAAUGAAUAUGUACGGAGGCAGGGAGAGUUUACAACGAGACUGCCAUGGACAUUAUUUCUUUGCUUCUAAUGUCAAACUGCUCAACGAUAAGGAGGAUUUAUCUAUACCGUUCAUGGGUUUAGAAAGGAAACAUAACCUGCAAGGAUUCCUUCUCAAAUUCACCCCUGGCUUUAGACAAGCAUGGGCUAAGAUGAUAGAUGUAGAAGGAGGUCUCAAUCCAAUGAUAAAAGAUACAGCUCUGGACUCCCGUGGAUACAUCUUCGCUAUGAUCACUUAUGAGAGGGAAGACGGUAUUCAGGUUAUGAGAGUACAGAGAUAUGAUCAGUGUGGAGAACUAGAUUCAGGAUCUGAUGUUAAACCAGGCACUUUCGCAAGCAGAGAAGCAUAUCUUGGAAUAGAUAGCAAAGACGACAUUGUUGCUUUUCAUAGUUUUUCCAAUGGGGGACAGAAUGAUGUCGGAUCUGGUCCUAAUCCCUGCCAUCUAGUGAAACUAAAGGGAAACAACAUGAACAGUGUGGACUGGCAGGAUGAGAUCACGGCCAUAGAAGGCGAAACAUCCUGUAUGCCAACAGGGGUUAAGGUUGAUUGCAAUGAUAACAUCUAUAUAACUGGGUUCAUGGCCAGCAAAAGAGGAUUCAUUCGUAAAUACAGCAAGAAAGGAGAAAUACUGUGGACCAAGGCAGAUUUUCAAGAUCAGGUUACUGAAGUGAUCUAUGAUCCCCGGCAGGAUGUCCUUGUAAUAACUCUUAGUACUGAACGAAUGAUAUUGUUUAGUAUUGAACAAAUGAUAUUGUUUAGUACUGAACGAAUGAUGACAAUCUCCGCAGACGGGAAGGAGCUAAAAUCACUUGAUAUAAAGUAAAAAAAGAUUUAUAAU